AUGAAGCAAAACGCCAUUCUCACAAGCUUCCCGGCCAUGCCGUCUGCCGAAUCUGAAAAUGGCAACGAUGCUAGCCAAUCAGAUACUGACUGUAACCUCGAAAAGCCUGGAUUCGAUGAUUUCGACGGGAAGCAGGCUUGGGUCGUGGUCACCGCAGCCGCUUGCUCGUUAUUUCUCGACAUCACUUACGACGCUGAUGUUCAUCGGCUCCCUGGCAUCGUCUUUCAUGGUGCGCUGUUCAUUGUUCACGGCGUCAUGUUUGGCAUGGGCGGCGGGCUAUCCAUCUUUGCCGUCUCAACCGCUCCUAUUCGUUGGUUCAAGAAACACCGAGGCCUCUCCAUGGGCAUCGUUCUUGGCGGCGGCAGCGUCGGAUCAGCAGUCAUGAGUGUGGUCACUACUGUUCUGGUCAAGCAUGUGGACGUCGCCUGGACCUUUCGCAUCCUUGGGUUCCUCCUCUGGGCAGUCUGCAUCCCAUCAGCAUUCUUCAUCCGGCCACCCCCUGGCUCGGACAACUCGCAUCUUCAACUGCAAUGGUUCCGUUUCCGAGAUUCCAAGUUCUUAAUCCUUCUCCUCGGCACCGCCUGCGCAACCUUCCCCCUCUUCAUCCCACCUUACUUCAUUCCGAUUUUCGCUCGCACUGUGACGUCUUGGGAGCAUGCUGCCGUUCUUGGCCUCGCUGUUUGGAACGUCGCGUCAACGAUCGGCCGCGUCGGCGCCGGGCACCUAUCGGACUGUCUCCUCGGUCCAAUGAACAGCCUAGUGCUGUGCCUGCUUCUCACAGGCCUAAGCAUGCUCGUUGUGUGGCCAUUUGCGUCAUCAAUGGCAGUGCUCAUGACUUUCAUCGUCUUGAACGGCAUUGGGUGCGGCGCGUUCUUCAGUCUGGUACCAGUGGUGCUAGGGUCUGCGUUCGGAGCCACGAAUGUGUUGGGGACAAUCCCUUUGAUUUGGACAACGUGGUUCUUCGGUUUCUUCUUUGGUUCACCCAUUGGUUCCGGUCUCUACUCGUUGGCAGGACGGGGCGACAGCGUCGAGGCGUAUCGGCCAGCAGCGUACUAUGGCGGCGCCAUGUCUCUGAUGGGCAUGCUCUUCAUCCUCGCGGUUCGGUCGAUGCAGAGCAAGACCGUCUUCACGAAGGUGUGA